AUGGAGACUGCUGCGUCGCAAAGCAGCUCAAAUCGCGACAGGGUCAAGGUUUCAGCUGUGGGACGGCAGAGAAAGCGACCGUCGAUAGAUAGAGUCUCCUCGCAUGAUAUCUACAGCGCUGCCGAUAGUAUCUAUCUGCAGACCGCAUACUACGCCAAGGAACCCUCUCUCUCUCUCGUUGCCCCCGCGCUCAUUGUUCUUAUUUCCUCCUCUUAUUCCCCAUACAUGGACCUGGCUUCAAUCGCUGUGAUCGUUGUUCGCCCCUUUGUACCCUUCCACUGGCCUUCCUUCAUAACACUCGAGCGCAACAUCAGUAUUCGCCCCCGAUCGUUCUUCCCGCUAUGGAUCAUGUCUCGUUCUCCUCGUCCUGCUGUAUAG